CGACUGUGUGGCAGAGACGAGAGGCCAGCCGUCGCAACAGAAACCGCGCCCUCAAACUCGCAUUUCCCUUGAAUACAGCAGGAAAGAGCUUUGCAAAAAGAGCAACAACAAUCGUCCCCUCCCACGAAACAAACCCCGAGUCUUGGCAAGCCAAGCAGACAUCUGUCGUAUUGAGCAGUGGACUCCCAACCAACGCUCUCCGGAAUCAGAACGAAGCGCCAGCCAGCGCCGAGGAGGUUGCUGUCAUUUCGAGUUUCCCGCGACGAACGAUUGCUUCCGGGCCGCCUGGUUUCACGUGGUCAUAGUUGCAUAUCGCCAUGCUGAUGCCCAAGAGCGGCGUAUCAUGGAAGGCGGCAAAGGCCAGGCUGCCCCCAACCAGAGCCGUAUGGACUUUUCUCACGCGCACCCGCUUCCUGCUGGUCGUCGCCAUAGUUGGCCUUGUCGUCUUGCUAUGGAGGGGUGUCACAGGCACGGCAGAAGACCUGCAAAAGUUCUACUGCUUCGGUCCUGCAAAGUCGCCCAUGCAAAUGACACCCAAUGAGCAGAUGCUCUGGACAGGCAGCCUGCAAACUCCCGUCAUCUUCAACCACCACGCUCCCGUCGAAGUCAACCACACCACCAUCACCAGUGUCGACCUCAACCCUAUAAAGAGCACUAGACAAGCCAUUGACAACAAGGAGCGCGUGCUUCUCCUCACCCCCCUGCGAGAUGCCGCUCCCUACAUCAACGACUACUUUGAUCUCAUCUCUCAGAUGACCUACCCCCACGAGCUGAUCGAUCUCGCUUUCCUCGUUGGCGACAGCACCGACGACACGCUUGCCGUCCUCUCCAAGGAACUCGAGCGCAUUCAAUCUCGCCCCGACUCGAUUCCCUUCCGCAGUGCUACCAUUGUUCAGAAAGAUUUCGGUGUUCACUUGAGCCAGAGUGUCGAGGACAGACACGGUUUCGCUGCUCAGGGCCCUCGCAGAAAGGCCAUGGGCAAGGCCAGAAACUACCUUCUUAGUGCUGCCAUGAAGCCUGAGCACAGCUGGGUCUACUGGCGCGACGUCGACAUCAAGGACAGUCCUUCUAAGAUUAUCGAGGACUUUAUCGCACAUGACCGCGAUGUCCUUGUUCCCAACGUCUGGUUCCACCGUUACGAGAAUGGUCGCGACAUUGAAGGUCGCUUCGACUACAACUCGUGGCAAGAAUCCGAAAAAGCCCUCAAGCUAGCCGCUACCCUCGACAAAGACACCGUGCUGGCCGAAGGUUACAAAGAAUACGACACCGGGCGCACCUAUAUGGCAAAAAUGGGCGACUGGCGCGAAGACAAGGACGUCGAGAUCCCACUGGACGGCAUUGGCGGCGUGAACAUCCUCGUCAAAGCCGACGUCCACCGCAGCGGCAUCAACUUUCCUUCGUACUCGUUUGAAAACCAAGCAGAGACGGAAGGAUUUGCCAAGAUGGCAAAGAGAGCUGGAUACGGGGUUUAUGGGUUGCCGAAUUACAUCGUGUGGCAUAUUGAUACUGAUGAGAAGCCUGGAAACGCGUAGUUAUAGAUGAGAUGUGUGUUCUUGGUUGGGAACAUUUUUUUUGAUACUCAUUCUUAUUUCGGUUUCAGUUGUUUUUUGUUUUGUUUGAUGAACGCUUUGUCCCUUUUUCAGGUGUUUUGGGUUAGACAAUUGGUUUGUUUUUGUGGCAUAUUAUAUUUUACGCCGAAAAAACACAGAUACUGCUGAAGUAUAAGCAGACUGUGAGAUGAGGCAGAAGCAGAAGCAGAAGCAGAAGCAGAACAGCAACAGCAAACAAGCAUAUAAUGAGUAGCAGGCACCUAAUUUAAAGAAACCCCCAGUUUCGUUUUUCGUCCUAC